AUGCCUGAAAGCCAACUCUCGGGCAUGAUUCCCCCAAGCUUUGGUAGAUUAACUAAUCUAUCUGAUGUGUGCUUCCGCAUGAAUAGUUUAUAUGGUCUUGUUCCUCAAGAAUUCAGAAAUCUUUCUUCUUUAACUGUCCUUCAUCUUGUUGAAAAUAACUUCUAUGGAGAGUUACCACCACAAGUGUUCAACGGUUGUGUAGAUCAAGAUUUUGGGGUGUAUCCUAAUCUUACUUAUAUUGACAUUAGCUAUAAUAGGAUACAAGGUAAGUUUCCUGCAAAUUGGGGUUCUUGCGAGAUCUUGCAAUCUCUUCUCAUGGCUAGAAACUCAAUUAGUGGCACUAUACCAGAUGAGAUUUUUCAGUUGGACCAAUUAGAUGAGCUUGAUCUAUCUUCCAACCAAAUAUUUAGAGGGAUUCCUUCCCAAAUAGGGAAUUUCUUUGGGAUGUCUGUUCUAUCUUUGAGUAGCAACAAACUUUCAGCAAGUGCACUUAUUGUUUUGUUUGUGCUACUUUUGAUUUGUGUCAUUCAUGGUAAGAGAAACUUAAGAGCUUUAGAAUAUAAAGCUAGAGUCAACAGGGAAAAUCCAUUCUCAGUGUGGCACUUCGACGGCAAAAUCAUGUACGAUGACAUAAUUGAAGCAACUGAGAACUUCCAUGAGAAAUACUGCAUAGGUUUAGGAGCAUUUGGAAAAGUCUACAAGCUGGGGGCAGUAGAGGCUUUAUCAUAUGUGUAUCAUGAUUGUGAUCCAGCCAUUGUUCAUAGAGACAUAUCAAGCAACAACAUUUUGUUGUCUUUGAAUCUUGAAGCCAAUGUCUCAAAUUUUGGCACAGCAAGGUUCUUGAAGACUGAAUCAUCAAUUCGAACAACAUUUGCUGGCACAUAUGGGUAUGCUACUCUAGAUGCAUUGGAUUUUAUAAGGAAGUAUUAUGCAGUAAUUGACACAUUGCUGUUGAAUGGCUUAUCAAAUGACGAUUUGAAGUUGCGUUGCUUUUCGUACUGUAUAAAGGGAGGUGCUCUUCAAUGGCUUCUGUGCUUACCAAAAGGAAAUAAUGGUGAUUAUGUGGAGGAGGCUAACUAUAUGGGUGGCAAUCCCAAAAAUGACCCAUACUCCAACACAUAUAAUCCAGGGUGGAGAAAUCAUCCUAAUUUCGCUUGGAAAAAUUCUACCCCUCAAAGGCCACAAGCACCACCAGGUUUCUAA